GUAUGGUCAAUGGGAUAGGUGUUACCUCCUGCAGUUGUGAUGGAAUUGGUGCCAUGGUAUGGAGUCAAAGUAUGCAGCCGAGACAGAUCGGGCGUGACAUGGGUGUUUGCGCCAGUGUCCAGAUGCCAGUUCGAACUAGAUUCAGCAGAUUGAUUUGCAUAAAACGCCUGCGGAGGACCAGCAUAUGAUUCAUCGUAGCGGUGCCAACAAUUCCAGACCGCAUGGCCAAGCUUCCCACAGAGUUGGCACGUGAUGGACCCCCGGCCACCUCCUCUGCCGCGUGCGUCGUCGCGGUACUGUGGCUGCCGGCAACCUCUGCCGCCGGGCUGACCGCCGCGGUGAGGAUCCCUACAUGGACUAGGAUUCACCAAAAGAAGGAAAAACUCAGCCACUUCCGUUUCUACUGGCACGACGUCCUGAGCGGCAAAAACCCGACGUCCGUCAUGGUCAUCCCGCCGCCGGGAAACUCCACCACCGGGUUCGGCUACGCCAACAUGAUCGACAACCCGUUGACCCUCCGGCCGGAGUUGACCUCCGACUGCGUCGGGAGGGCCCAGGGGCUGUACGCGUCGGCGUCCCAGCAGGGGAUUGGGUUCUUGAUGGUCAUGAACUUUGCGUUCAUCGAAGGGAAGUAUAACGGGAGCACCCUCACGGUGGUCGGCCGGAAUCCGGCGAUGGACGCGGUGAGGGAGUUGUCGGUGGUCGGCGGCAGCGGGCUUUUCCGGUUCGCCCGGGGUUACGUUCAGGCAAGGACGCAUUGGCUUGACUUGGAAACCGGUGACGCGACCGUUGAAUACAAUGCAUAUGUUUUGCAUUAUUGACUUGUUACUAUCUACACGUACUAUCUUUUUUUGAGUUUGAUUUUUUUUCUUUUUGACGGUAGCAGCUUGAAUAAAUUAUAAUCAUAAAU